CAAUCAAUCAUUCAUGCAAGUCAUCAUUUAUACAGUUAUAAAAAAGAAAAAGAAGGCAGAGAGAGCGAGAGGUGUGCUUUAUAUGUCUGGGGCAAGGGUUGUAGAUCAUUCCCAAUUCUAGAAAAUUUUGUUGCAAGAGUUCAUAUGCUAUAUAUAUAUAUAUAUAUAUAUAUAUAUAUAUAUUUCCUAAAGUUCACUCCCAUCUCUUUUGGACUGAUCAGCUUAUCAGGAGGAAGAAGAGAUCAAAGUCAAAGGAAGAAGAAAUCAAAGUCAUUUCCUACAUACCAUAAGUGACUUCCAUGCGUGAUAAGGAAGAAGAGAUCAAAGUCAUUUCAUAGAUUACCCAAAAAGACCACAAUUAACCCUAGUUCCAAGUAACUGCUUUUAUAUACACACACCCACACACACAAUUGACCAUUAAGUUUGGAUUGGGAAGAGAUCGAAAAAGGCAAAAAGAGAUGAAGGAAAGUGGUGUUGCAGAGAAUUCCAAUACAUGCCCUAGUAACAGGAACGAGGACGACGAAGAGGAUGAAGGAGAAGAGGUUGAUGAUGAUACUAAGCUGAAAAAUGGAAUGAGUUCGAGCAACAGCGCGGUCGAAGAGACCGAAAGAAAGUUAGCUCCUGGAUGUGUGAGGCAGUAUGUUCGCUCCAAGAAUCCGAGGCUUCGUUGGACACCUGAUCUCCAUCUUUGUUUUGUCCAUGCGGUUCAAAGACUAGGAGGACAAGAUAGAGCAACACCUAAGUUGGUUCUUGAAUUGAUGAACAUCAAAGGCCUUAGUAUAGCUCAUGUCAAAAGCCAUCUUCAGAUGUACAGAAGCAAGAAGAUUGAUAACCCCAAUCCAGUUUCGCCGGAGCAAGGGCGUAUCAUGGAUGGUGGGGAUCACCACAUUUAUAAUCUCAGCCAAAUUCCCAUGCUACAAAGUUUUAAUCGAAAACCGUCCACUUCAAGUUUCAGAUGUAGCGAACAUUUAUGGAGUGCAAAUAGCAAUAACAUGAUUUAUAGUCCUUACAAGGGUGGGGCUGCAUCUAGUAGAGCCAUAGGUGGAGGUUAUGGUUCAGCAGCUGAGAGGACAUUUGGGAGCAACAAUGGCCAUUUAGUCAGUUCUUAUGAUUUUCAAUUGUUUCAAAAUCACAGAUCAUUGAGAAUCCAAUUGCAAGAUAUGAAAAGUAGUGAUCGAGUGAAUUAUCAGGAUAAGCCUCUGUCUUUAUAUCAAAACUGUCCAGUGACUAUAGAAGAGCAAAGCGCCCUAAAAAGGAAGGUUCCAGAUUCAGAUUGCAACCUAGAUUUGAAUCUCUCUCUGAAGAUGACACCAAAGAGUGAUGAUGAGUUUGAAAGAGGUUUGGAGGAGAACGGGGUUGAUAGUAGUUUGUCUCUUUCUUUGUUCUCAUCUUCAACCUCAAAGUUUAGCAGAUUAAAGGAAAGUGAGAGUAGUAGAAAGCAUGCAAGAAUGGCAAGUACAAUUGUUGAUCAUGAUCUGACUUUGUGAAUAAGACAAUUCUAAGUGAGAUCUUGUGCCAAUGCACAGUCUGUCAUGUACCAGCAAAACAAAGGUAAUGGCCAACACUAGCUUCUUGUUUCUUUUUUGUUCUUGUUGAUAUGGGCUUGUAUGCAUAGAUUAAUACCUAUAGUAUAGCCUCAAUUGUGAAUAUCAAGGAAAUUUUAGUAUUUUUAUAUAUUAUUAAUUGAUCUGACACUUCAAAUAUAAUUAAUCUUAGUAACAGGGAUUCUGUCCUUGAACAACAUAAAACAAUUGAUCUGCAUAAAACUUUUUAACCAUAUUAUCUUUGAAACCUAGCUUAAGGGAAAUUACUAAAUUACUCCUGUAAUUC